CAUGGGUUUGAGGCUCCGUGGAAGAAGAUGUCUGCACAGGAGUUGGAGAAUCAGUACGCCCCCAGCAAAUGGGUCGUCCGACUGGGAGCAGAGGAAGCCUUGAAGACCUACUCACAGAUAGGAAACGAGGCCACCAAGAGGGCCCGGGCCACCAGGAAGACCCUGCUCCAAGUGCCCUACGGAGAUGGCGAUGGGGAGAAAGUAGACAUCUACUUUCCUGACAAGGUGUCGGAAGCCUUACCUUUCCUCAUGUUUGUUCAUGGAGGAUACUGGCAGAGUGGAAGCAAAGACAGUUCGGCCUUCAUGGUCAACCCGCUGACGGCUCAAGGAGUGGCCGUGGUGAUAGUGGCUUAUGACAUCGCCCCCAAAGGCACCCUGGACCAGAUGGUGAACCAGGUGACCAGGAGCAUUGCGUUUGUCCAGAAGCAGUAUCCCUGCAAUGCGGGAAUUUACUUGUGUGGACACUCAGCUGGGGCCCAGCUGGCCGCCAUGAUGCUCCUGGCUGACUGGACCAAGCAUGGAGUCACACCCAACCUCAAAGGCUUUUUCCUGGUGAGUGGGGUCUACGACCUGGAGCCGAUAGUGUACACUUCACAGAAUGCCCUUGUGCACCUGACCCUGGAGGAUGCUCAGAGGAACAGCCCCCAGCGACACCUGCAGGUGGCCCCGACGCAACCCGUGGAUCCAGCCUGCCACAUGCUGGUGAUCGUGGGCCAGCACGACUCCCCCGAAUUCCACCGACAGUCCAGGGAGUUUUAUCAGACACUGUGCCAAGCAGGGUGGAAAGCCUCGUUUGAAGAACUCCCCGAUGUGGAUCACUUUGAAAUCAUUGAGAAUCUAACCCGGGAGGAUGACACGCUCACCCAGAUUAUUUUGAAAACAAUCUUCCAGGAGUUCUGAUGACACCUGGACCCCAGCCCGUGUGCACCCGGACACGUGCAGUCUCUUCAGAGAGCCUUCUAGCUGCAACUGACAGCUUCUGCUUUCCCCAGUGCCCGAGAGAGCCUUGGUCUAUCUGCCUGCCCCAGCAAGAGUCCAUCCUUCUCACUGCCGACCCCUGUGUAAGGGCUUCCCAAAGCAAGGCUUUCUUCUACCUUUUGCUUUGGUCUCUGUCCACUCUGUCCUAGGUUCUACCUGACAUUUGGGUCUGUCCCUGAAGCCCUGGGAUCUUGCGUCUAACACCUUGACCUUGAAAGGAUAAUGCCAUCCACAGGUAGGACAAGCUUCCUGCGCCCCCCACCUCCAGGGGUGUGUGCAGUUCCCAAGGAGCCAGCUAUAUUCAUCCACCACAUGACACCCUCCAUCCCAUCACCUCUUUCUCCCACUCUGAAUGUCUAGCAGUUCAAGGAUUUCCACUGGGGCAUGAUGGAUCACAGCAAAAAUAGGAAAUAGCCUAAAUGUUCAUCAUCACGGAGUAAGUACAUCCCAGCAGAAUCAACCAUGUGGCCAUUAGAAGGAGACCUGUGCUUACCCCUUGGAAAAUCUCCAAGACAUUUUGUUACACGACAAAAAGCAAGAUAUAAAAAGCAGCUUAACAGGGCUGCCAGUUAGCUCACUCGGUA